UCUUCCUUCUUUGAAAUCUUUGGAACGGGCAACACUCUUUUUCAGUGCCAUUCUUAGACCCUCAGUGAAGAUGGAGUUCAAGAUCUCCCACAGUGGAGGAAGAAGCUGCUCUUCCCUGUGGUGCUAAAAGGAGUUAAUCUAAAAGAGGCUUCCCAGCAUGUUCAUGCAACGGCAUGUUGGUGAUAAAGAGGCUGCUGAUCUGGUGUGGUCAAAGUUUGGCUCCCUACUAGUAAGCUGCCUUACAAGCACUGAAGAGAAAAAAGAGAUACGAGAAACAGUUGAAUCAAAUUGAUGGGACACUUUCGACCAUUGAGUUCCAGAGAGAGGCAUUGGAAAAUUCCCACACCAACACAGAAGUGCUAAAGAAUAUGGGUUAUGCUGCACAAGCUAUGAAAAAAGUACAUGAAAAUAUGGACUUGAACAAAAUUGAUGAUUUGAUGCAAGAUAUCACUGAACAGCAAGAUGUUGCCCAGGAAAUUUCGGACGCUAUCUCAAACCGAGCCGCCUUUGGUGAUGAGUUUGAUGAGGAUGAGUUGAUGGCAGAAUUAGAAGAACUGGAGCAAGAAGAAUUGAACAAGGGAAUGAGAGAUGUCAGGUUGCCAAGUGUUCCGUCCACAUCGCUGCCUUCUCGCCCUGCAUCGACCAGGAAAAGAGCAGAGGAUGAAGAUGAAAUGAAGCAGCUGGCUGCCUGGGCUUCAUAAGAGCAUGGUCUUUUUAUAACACUGAACAUUAGAGCUGUAAUGCUGUUUUAUAACCGUACCGAUUUAGUGUGGUUGCAUUUCACACAGGCUGGGUUUUUUUAUGGCCAAUCUUGCUAAGAAGUAGUGUUGCUUCCAUAUUACAAAAGUAAUUUAAAAACGAACAAACAAAAAAAUGCAAUAGUUGCCAAAACCUCCAAGCAUCAAAGGUUUUUUUUUUUCAGCCUUGGCGAGAGAUUUGUUUUGUUAUUAGUAUCAGUUUUUAUUAGGUAAUGUCUUACUAUAUCUUGCUGGUUUGUAAAACCUGUGUGCCUCACUUAUACACACAGCUGGAUUCAUUGUUGAAAUGAAAAAGUUCAAUAAGUCAUCAAGGCCCUAUCCUGGAGGGUUAUUUGGUUCAGACUAUUUGAAUGUUAGCAAAACAGCUUUAUACAUGUCCUGACUUGCAAGUUCCUUUGAGGCCAACAGCUAAUAGCCAUUCAUUUGGGCAUGGAGAUUUAAAGAGUCUGCCUGGAGCAACUUCUGGUGUCCUAGAUAUUAAGAGGAGACUCUUCUGUAGAUUUUUUUGAAGUGGGAUAGGUUUUCUGUUUUGUUUUACUUUGGCCAGAAUAUCCCAUGCAUUCCUAUAGGUCAACUUGAAUCAUAUUUUGAACUAUUUCCAACUCAGUUAAAGAACAGUUUUACACUGAUUGGGGAAAAUGAAAUGUCCAAGUUCUUACAGAUGCCUGCCAAACAAAACUGAUUUCCGUUAACCCUGUAAAAAAUCCAGAAGAGAUUUGACCUUCCUGUGUUCUUCUCCUCCACUGUGUCUUCUAGGGUGAGUCUUUACUUUGUAUGAUGAUACCCAUCCUCAAAGGAAUUAGUAACGCAUUUUUUUAAUUAUACAAUUUCAAAAAAAUUUUAAUUUCUGAGCAUUCAGUUCUUUUCUCUCAUUCAGUUUCUGAAUGGAAAUAAUACCACCAUGUUGUAUUUGAAAUGCCUUUCUAACCCUGGUUAAAAGCUGAUUCUGAAUUACUUGUAAAGUUGACGUGUUAUUGUCCAACUGACAGUUUUUUAGCUUAAGGAACAAAUGCCAUUCUGAGUGCUGAAGUACUACGUAUAUAGAGAAAUCACUGUUCAAAUACAAAACAAAAAUUAAAUAGGCUGCUUUGUACUAAUAAAUUUUAUUAAAUAAGAC